GCCUUCUACUUCAUCCACACAUCAGACUCUAUUUUGAGUCAUUCCGACCUCAAGUACUGGCCACGCGCAAGCAAUGCACCUCAUAUUUCACGGCACCCUCAUCCACUCGGCCUCGCUGACCGAGCUCGAGAUCAUCGAGAAUGGCCUCAUCGUGAUCGACACCGAGGCCGGCGGCACCAUUGUGCACCUCGCCCGCAACAUCGCCGCCCCAGACGUAGACCGCCACCUCGAAGAAGCCGUCGCCACCGCCAGCAUCCCCAACCUCGACCUCGCUUCUUCCUCCUCCUCCUCUCCUUCGAGCUACUCGCUCCGCCGCCUCUCCCGCAGCGAGUUCCUCAUCCCGGGCUUCGUCGACACGCACAACCACGCCCCGCAGUACGCCCAGCGCGGCCUCGGCCAGAGCAUGCACAUCCUCGACUGGCUCGCGCAGGUCACUUUUCCCAACGAGGCCCGCUUCGCCGACCCGGAGCACGCGCGGCGCGUCUACGCCCGCUGCGUGCGCGGGUUCCUGCGCCAGGGCAUCACCACGGCGUCGUACUACGGCUCCAUGCACGCGGCGGCCACAAACAUCCUCGCGGACCAGUGCCUCGCCCAGGGCCAGCGCGCGUUUGUCGGCAAGUGCAACAUGAACCGCGAGGCGCCCGACUACUACCGCGACGCGAGCGCCCAGGCGUCCCUCGACGACACGCGCAGCUGCAUCGCCCACAUCAAGAGCAUCGACCCCAGGGGCGUGCUGCUGAAACACGUCCUCACGCCGCGGUUCGCCAUCACUUGCGACGAGGAGCUGCUCCGGGGUCUGGGCCAGAUCGCGCGGGAGGAGGAGGAGAAGGGGGAAGGUGGCCUGCCGAUCCAGACGCACUUCAACGAGGCGGAGCAGGAGAUUGUAUACACCAAGAAGCUCUUCCCCCAGUUCGACAACGAGGCGGACCUGUAUGAGCACUUUGGCUUGCUGGGGAGGCGGACGAUCCUCGCGCACUGCUGCCACAUGACCGAGUACGAGUUUGGGCGGCUCAGGGAGCUGGACUGCGGCGUGGCCCACUGCCCCGUGUCCAACAUGACGGUCGGGGGAGGGUUCAUGGCCGCGCCGAUACGGCAGUUCCUUAAGCGCGGGGUCAAGGUCGGGCUCGGGACGGACAGCGGCGGUGGGUUCUCGAGCAGCAUCCUCGACGCGAUGAGGCAGGCCCUCGUGGCCAGCAACGCGCACGAGGUGGCGAGCAAGGGGGAGGACAAAGGGCUCACCAUACCCGAGGUCUUCUACCUCGCGACCAUGGGAGGCGCCAGAGUGUGCUGUCUCGAGGAUAAGAUUGGCUCGUUUGAGGUGGGCAAGGAGUUUGACGCCAUCCUCGUCAACGCCGAUGCGCCAGGUGGUAUCAUGACCAUGGUCGAGGAGGAGGACUCGCUGGCGACCGUGUUUGACAAGUUUGUCAUGACGGGGGAUGACCGGAACAUGGAAGAGGUCUUUGUCCGAGGCAGGUCUGUCAAGGUCUAGCUAGAGCCCUGACCAGAGCUCUCGUGAAUGGUCGAGCAGGAUCGCGACCGUCAUGGCCAUGUCGUACGCUCGUGGCAUGGGCAAUGAAAUGUCACCUGACCAUAAACAUGCCCCCACCAAGGGUUCAAAAUGGCGAUGCCGGCGAGCCGAAGGCGUUCGUGUUGCACACCAGCACCAGGGAUGUGUAGCUGGGAGAACUUUUGCCACACUUGAGGUCUUCCAUUUUUUCGAGGGCCUCCGCUUCAAUGUCUGAGAUACUCGAAGUGUCUCGCUCAUCGGCCAACAUGUGGAUCUUUGGCGCUCGCUUUCCAGGAAUCAUAGCGGUCGGGCAGACAAGACUGCAUCCAAGACAUUCUUAAUGCCCAGAAUACAGUGACAACCCGUGCAGGCAGCUAAAGCUUCA